UAUCAAUGGAGCCCCGGAUUCCCCACAACAUCACCGUUGUCCCCAACUCUGUGAUGGUCCAGCCCUUGCUGGACAGUCGGAUCCCCUAUGGGCGGCUGCAGCAUCCGCUCACCAUCCUGCCGAUUGACCAAAUGAAGACGACUCACAUAGAGAACGAUUACACCGACAAUCCCACCGCUUCCCAGCUGGCAGCCCAGAAGCGUCCCCGAGGCCCCCAUGAACUGGUCUUGACCAACCAGCACCUGCAGCGCUGUGAGCAGGAUGUGACCCACCCCUGGAUUUCCUUCAGUGGGCGCCCCAGCUCCAUCAGCAGCAGCAGCAGCACAUCUUCAGACCAAAGGCUCUUGGACCACAUGGCCCCGGCGCCCGUGGCGGAGCAGUCCUCCCCCAGAGCGGUUCGCAUUCAGCCCAAGGUGAUUAACUGCAAACCCCUGGACCUGAAGGGACCUGUGUCUCAGGAACUGGACAAGCACUUUCUACUGUGUGAAGCCUGUGGGAAAUGCAAGUGUAAGGAGUGCGCGCUGCCCCGGACUCUGCCUUCGUGCUGGGUGUGCAACCAAGAGUGCCUCUGCUCGGCACAGAACCUGGUCAACUACUCCACCUGCAUGUGUCUCGUCAAGGGCAUCUUCUACCACUGCACCAACGAGGAUGACGAGGGCACGUGUGCUGACCACCCCUGCUCCUGCUCCCACUCAAACUGCUGUGCCCGCUGGUCCUUCAUGAGCGCCCUCUCCCUGGUGCUCCCUUGCUUGCUCUGCUACCUGCCAGCCACCGGCUGCGUCAAGCUGUCCCAGAGAUGCUACGACCAAGUGAGCCGGCCCGGAUGCAGAUGCAAAAACACAAACAGUGUCAUUUGCAAGGCAUUGCCGGAGAGCAAAGGAAGCAGGCCAGAAAAGCCCUUUUGAUAGUUCGGGAGGGCGGGGAGUGGGAGGACGCUCCACGGAAGGGGGUGGCGUUGAAUCUUUUUAAUAACCUGUGUUCUGAGGAUAACGUUAGCCUUUUGCCUUCGGAGAAAGCAGAAGCAACUAUUUCCACAAACUGAAGCACUUUGGGUUAUUCAGGGUUUUGGAACUGAUCAGAAUUUAAAUAGAUGGGGCCAAAGGAG